UAAAUUAUUUAAUUUAUUUCUAGCUGUCAAUGAGUUUAUACCAGAAGUCCAAUUGGCAGUCAUUGAACACAUUGAUCGCUGCCCUCCAGUGCCACAAAAUAUACCGCAUGUCCGCCGAAUGGCAGCAAAUCAGGCAAAAUCACCGACAUUACUACGACGAAUACAUCAAACUCGCGGCUAUUGUGCGUACGUGCGAGACAUCGCUAAUGUAUACAAUACCGACGGGCAUACCGGCGCUGCGCAACCUAUUGACCAAUCAGAAGUUGCAUUGUUUGUCCCGUUGGGACCGCAUGGAGUGGCCCGCCCGGUGGACCCAACAGCCCGGCAUCGCUGAUUGGUUGGAACGUGAGCUCUGCUACACAAUUAACACACGCCAUAAUAAUGACGUACAUAAUGGUCACCAAAUACAACAGCAACAUAAUGGGUCACUUGAUAAUGACGAGGCCUCGGGUACGCCGCAUAAACAGCUGAUCUGUUUGAUACCUGUGAGCAAAAUGCCCGAUAAUUGGCUAAAUAGGUCCGUACGGAAUGUGCCCCUGGAGUACAGGCCUAGGAUUGUGGAGUGUUUGGCCCAGAGUCUCAAAAAUGAGCUCAAUUUUUAGAGUUGUUUGAUUAAAAUUUAAUGGUUUUUUAAUUUAUGACUAAUGAAUGAGUUUUCAUUUUUUUUGUUUGCUUUUAAUUAGUGUUUUUAAUGUUUAAUAUCCGCACAAAUUGUUUUUGAAAUUAUUUUUUAUUUUGUGGUUUAUUUUUAAUUCC